AUGUCCGAGGGUACUUCGGAAACAAUGACAAGAAAAGUCAUAAAGCUUCGAAACUACUCAAAAAAGCGGGACGAAGACGAGAACAACGCCUUGGAGAAGGAAGCUCCUCGAGUAGCGCGUGGAAACGACCGCUCGCAAAGAGUUGAAAAGCAAGCAGAACUCUGUGAUAGGCUCAAAUAUCUUGAUGAUUUCUAUUCUCUCAAUGUUUAUGGUUGGAAUAGCGAACGCUUCGACUUGACUGUUAUAAUCAAUGCUCUGACUGAAGUUGUUCGUCGUAGACAUCCCCACUUACUAGUCACAAAGCGAGACAAGGACACUCGUUUUGAGCCAAAGAUGAAUAUGAUCCAGAGAGGCGCCGGAACAAUGCUUGCUUCCUAUGGCAAUAUCAAAUUUAAGGACAUGAUGAAUCUCGUUGAAAGAGGGACAUCGCUGGAAAAGUUCGUGCAAUCACUUGGUUUGCAGAUAGCAAAGGCUGUUUACCCAUACGAACGUUUCAAAGACACUGACGAGCUCAUCAGUUACAAAGGAUUCCCACCGUACUCCGACUUUUAUAGCUCUUUCUACAUUCCUGUCGAGAAAGAAGUUCACCUGGUCAACAAAUUUCUUAUUGAACACUGCUGGACGAUUGAUGAUCUUGCUGCUGAAAUUGAUGUCCCUGUAGAAAAACUCAACAGUCUAGCAGAUAGUUUUGAGUGUUGCUAUGAAACCACCGAUGAAAAUAUCGAGCUUCUUGCUAAGAAAUGGGAAAUACCAAUUGAUGAAAUCAAAUAUUUCGCAGAAAACUCUUUUCGCUGUUUUGCAAUCAACGAAGAGUCCAAAAAAUUUUUCAAUAUCUCAGUGGAUAAAUACUUGGCUUCAAAGGACUUAUUCGAAGAAGAAAAAUGUGAAACGAUGCUCGAUUGGCUGCGUGUCUAUAAUCUCAUCGACACAGACAUGCUAAGCCAAGGCAUUGUAGAAUACAGUAACCAGUUUGCCGAAAAAUUUAAUGUGAAUAUCCAUCAAUAUAUCUCAUUGGCGCAAGUUGCUGAAAAGAUUGCGUUUGGUAAAUACGCGCGUGCGACACCCAUCUACUCGAUCACUGAUGCUGAAUUGAGAAAGGACAUCCGUGAAGCCUUGACAGGAGGAAUGACGCACGUGUUUCACCGACUGAUCGAAUUGAACCAACCAGAUGGGCCUCUUCCACAUGCCGCCCGAUAUGCUGACAAUGGCGAACUCUUCAAAAUGAUUAAACAGCUUGAUGCGAAUAGUUUGUAUCCUUUUACUCUACAGGAUUCUCUGCCAUGUGGUCCUGGAAUCGCUGUAUAUCCUGGGGAUAUCGGUGACGCUACUCGUGUUGGUGAUGUUGGAUAUUUCAAGUUGAAUCUGCUCUAUGAGGGCAAAGAAUCAAUCUCCCUCAAAAGCUUGCAGUAUCUAGAAUAUCUGCGACAUCAAUCUGGUGUGGAUAUCCAACAUGCGUAUCACAUAGGCGAAAAGAAAAUUGGGAAGUAUUCUCUUGAUGGAUAUUAUGAGAAAGACAAUAUCAGAUGGGGAGUUGAGUUUUACGGCUGCUAUUGGCACAAAUGUCGUUCAUGUAAAAUCCAAACAAAUGAGGACGCUGACGAAGAACGGGACAAGGAAAGAAAGAAAUUCAUAGAGAAGAAAAUCGACAUCCUUAAAAUAAAGCGAGAAUGUCACUUCGACAAAUUUAUGAAAAGAAACAUGGCCGAUGAAGAAUUCGCUCGUAAUGCCAGAGAAAAUUGGGCUCCAGAUUGGUGUCCUUUUCUUUUCCACGAUAAGAAACUAAGAGAAAAAGAUCUAAUCGAUGCUCUGAUGGAACGAAAAGUUUUUGGAUUCGCAAUGGUGGAAAUUGAGCCAAGUAAAGCUGUUUAUAAUCGAUAUGGAGAUCUGAAAUUUCCUAUGAUUUUUAAGAAAACCCAGAUAGAAAGAGAUAUGCUAUCUGAAAAUCAAAAAAUCGGAAAUCUUGAGAUGCCUGUGAGCCAAAACACAUUGAUUUAUAAUUCUAGCGGAGAAAAAAUGCUUCUUAUCACUCCUCUACUGUAUUUUUAUUUGGAUAUGGGAUAUAUUAUUAAGAAGGUUCAUUAUCUUCUUAUGUACAAUAAGGAAAAACCGAUGGCUCCUUUCGUCGAUAGACUGGUCGCUGAUCGAAUCCGGUAUCAUAUUGCCGAGAACAAAGUUGGCGAAAAACUUUCAAAGCUGGUACUUAAUAUUGUCACUGGUUUGUUUGGCAAGAAUGUUUCUAAAUACAGGGAAACAAAAUACAUCGAUGAUGCUGAUUUAUACCGCUACAUCAGAUCGCCUUUGCUCGAAAAAAAUGAAAUCAUCAGUGCUGAAGGACCCACAUCUUUGGUCAAAAUUGUCAAAAAGAAGAAAACGCAGAGAGAUAGCGUUCCAACACAUAUUUCAGCAUUUAUCUAUCAGAAAAGCAAAUUGGUCAUGUUCAAUUUCAUUGAUAAUAUAUGCACUCAUCUGAAGGAAGGAUCAUUCAAACUUUGCUACGCAGACACCGAUUCGAUUAUGAUUGCUUAUACAGGUGAUGAUGUUGAAACACUCGUCAAAUCUGAGAAGAAGGAGUCAUGGAAAAAUUUCGUUGACACAUGGAUGGUUCCUGAAAAAGUCACUGACCAGAUGCUGCGAGAAUCAAAUAACUCUAAGAAGGAAGCCGAAAAAUUGCUGAAAAAAUUGGAGAAAACGCCGGGUUUAUUCAAAAUCGAGGGUGGGAUAUAUGGGCAAGGCACUUAUUGCGGCUUGAGCUCUAAAUGUUAUAUUCUCAAGGGUAAAAAUGAUAAGGGGGAUAUAAAAAUAAAAAAAUCAACGAAAGGCGUCAAGAAGGAUAUUGAAACACCGGUGGAACAUUUCGUACGUUCUCUCCUUAACGAUGAAAAGUUCAGCGCUACAAUGACAGGCAUGGUAGCCCGUAAAAACGAGAUCGUCAUUCGAAAAACAACAAAGAAUGCACUGAACAAUGUCUAUGUAAAAUGGCAGAUUGCUGAUGACCAAGUGACUGCAACCCCACUCAAAAACGCAUCUGGAUAUAUUUGA